AUGCCCACCUCUAACUCAACACUAUCCAUAUCGGACAUCGAAACGCUCAGCGGGAUCGGUCACAGUACAGUCGAGAACAUCGUGGGUCUUGUCGUUGAGGCCAUCUUGUACACCAUCUAUUUUGGUCUUGUUGUAGUCGUGGGGCGUAUCCUCCUUGAGGCGAAGAGCCGCACACAGACAUCCAUCGCAAUCUUCAUCAUCAUCCUGACGAUGUUCAUGCUCGACACAGCGAUAUGCAUCAUCGAUAUUCACAAUACCAUUCGGCCCAUCACAGUCACUCUGUACUCAACCUAUCCAGAGUCGUUAACGGACAGAUAUGCUAGUCUCACCUUGCCAUGGAUGACCGAAAACGCAUUGACUAGCUUCAUGGCGAAUCUUGGAGAUGUUAUCAUCAUCUGGCGGACGUGGGCACUCUACAAAGGCCCCCGCGAGCGUUGGAUACUUCUCAUCCCAAUCAGUCUGCUGGUGGGUUCUUUGACGAGUUCGUCUCUCCUCGCAUACUGCGUGACUAAGUACGAAGCAAAUAUCAAGCUCGACAAGGGGUUCCCAGAUGCCCCGUUCUGCGCCAAUCUGUAUCCCACCCAAGGGUACCCUCCGGAGUUAGCAUCCAUGGUGCUGGCCACGACGGCUGUAGCCACUGCCAUGAUAUCCUGGAAAGCCUGGGUCUACCGUCGCGCCAUUAGAUCAGAUUUCCGGCUCAACAGGAAGAGAACACAUGCGGAGAAGAUCUUGGCGGUACUCGUCGAAUCCGGUGUGCUUUACCUCAUGUUCUUUGUGCAAGUUCUUGUCAACUCCUCCCCGGCCGUGAGCCAUCAGGAGUCGACCACCCCUGGGUUGGAAUUCGCAGCGAAUGUUUGGUCGUACAUGACGAAUCAUAUCAUCGGGGCCUACCCGGUCCUUAUCGUCAUCUUCGUCCGAUCACAACGAUCGUACAUCGAGGACGCUAUGAGCACAGGUCUGACGCUCUCGACAAAUGUAUCAGAGUUUUACUCGUUUUCGGGACACCACACGCUCCCGUCCCAUCGGUUUGAGCAAAGCACAAUGGGAACUGUCUGUUCCAACGUCGCUACUCAGACUGGUCUUGGAAGCAGGGAGGUCCAGCCAAAUGGGCUAGGAUCCUCACUAAAAGGACGACUGGGAUCGGAGGAGGCGUAG